AUGCCCGCCUCCAAAUCGCUCACAUUCCACUGCUGCUGUCUCUCUGCCCUGUUUAUGUCGUCUCCUUCCUCGCUAGUGCCGCCAUCACCUCGUGCGGGCCCGCCUGGCUCAACCGACUGCCUUGCACGGCGCGCACUUGGCGUGGACCCUCUCGGCCACUUCGCCAGCGCCGAUGUAGCUCCGCGAUUUAGAUUAAAUAAGAGUGCUGUGAAUCAAUUAAUAAAUUGGAUACAACCAUAUUUAAGUGUAACAUCUAAAAGAAAUCACGGCAUAUCCACCCUCCAUCAGAUACUUUUGGCUCUACGAUUCUAUGCAUUGGGUACUAUGCUAGUGUCUGUUGCAGAUUUUAUCGGAGUAUCUAUAGCAUCUGCUAGUCGUAUUGUCUCUGAUGUAUCCAAAGCCAUAGCAAGAUUAUACUCAAACUUUGUUGUGUUACAAAAUCACACUCAACAAGAGUUUUAUAAUAUUGCUAGAUUUCCCAGAGUACAUGGUGUCAUAGAUGGCACCCAUAUAUUAAUACAAUCACCAAACUCAAAUGUGGGAGAAGAAUUCAGAAACAGGAAAGGAACAUUCUCUAUUAAUGUACAAGUUGUGUGUAAUUGUAAAUUAGUGUUCCUAAAUGUUGUUGCCCGAUGGCCAGGAUCCACUCAUGAUGCAACUAUAUUUAACCAUUCUGAUUUAAAAGAUUAUUGUGAACAAGGUAGACUUGGAAAUCGCUGGCUGCUUGGUGAUAGUGGCUAUCCAUGCACACCCUAUCUAUUGACACCUCUACUCAACCCAAAUACUCCAUCAGAGCAAUCUUAUAAUGAAGCACACAUUAAAACAAGAAAUACUAUAGAGAGAUGCAUUGGAGUUUGGAAAAGAAGAUUCCCCAUAUUAUCCUUGAAAAUGAGGCUAAAAUUAGAAAAUAUGCAAUCCGUUAUUAUAGCCACUGCUGUGUUACACAAUAUUGCCAGAACUAUGAAUUUGGAUGAAAUUGAGCCAGAAAUAUCGAUUCCAGAAACAACACAGGAGGAAAAUGUAAUUGUCAAUGAUAAUUCUCCAAUUUCAAACAUGUCAGAACGGCAAUUACUAAUAAAUAAUUAUUUUAAUGUGUAA